AUGGGAUCUUCUUCUGGGCAAAGUGGGUACGAUCUGUCGUUUAAGAUCUUGUUGAUUGGAGAUUCUGGCGUUGGUAAAAGCAGUUUGCUUGUGAGCUUCAUUUCCAGCUCUGUUGAAGAUCUUGCUCCUACUAUUGGUGUUGAUUUCAAGAUCAAACAAUUGACAGUAGGAGGCAAACGACUGAAACUUACAAUCUGGGACACAGCUGGACAGGAACGGUUUAGAACACUGACAAGCUCUUACUACAGAGGCGCCCAAGGGAUCAUUCUUGUUUAUGAUGUGACGAGAAGGGAGACAUUUACAAACUUGGUAGAUGUGUGGGGUAAGGAGAUUGAGCUUUACUCUACAAACCAAGAAUGUGUUAGGAUGCUCGUUGGGAACAAAGUCGAUAGAGAAUCUGAGAGAGGAGUUAGCAGAGAAGAAGGGAUUGCUCUAGCGAAAGAACUCAAGUGCAUGUUUCUUGAGUGUAGUGCCAGAACUCGUCAAAACGUGGAACAGUGUUUCGAAGAGCUGGCUUUGAAGAUAAUGGAGGUACCUAGUCUUUUGGAAGAAGGAUCAAGUGCUGUGAAGAGAAACAUCUUGAAGCAAAAACCAGAACACCAGACUAGUGCUCAAGCAGGCUGUUGCAGCUGA